AAAGCACGUAGGUAUUUCGAAAGAACACCCUGAUGACAAUUUAAUUACUCGGCAUUGUUACCAAAACAUAAAUUACUUAGGUAUGUACAUUUUGAUGACACGUAAUUAAACUGUGCAAGUACCUCAGUUUAGAGUUACAUCGUUGGUAGUAGCAAGCAGCAUAACAACAACGAUAACUGCACUCGAUUGAUGUGUGAAAAUUUUACCUACCUACUCCAGAGCAGGGCGAAAGAAGACUGGCGACUGAAUAAUCGAAAAACGAACAGAACGAGCAGAAGAGAAAGAUUAACGUCAAUAGGUGCACAACUAUUAGCAAAUGGUACGAAUUUAAAAGCUAUUUGUUUAUUAUAUCCCCAUAAUCACUUGGCUUAUACGCGCAUGGUCUGAUAACAAUUGUUGUUGACACGUUUCAAAUUAUAUAUUCAAGAAAACGCGCUAAUGUGGCAGUCGGUGUUGGUGCGUGGAUUUGUUGACUUGGGCAUGUUAAGGUUUUGUUGGUGAAUUAAGAAAUAAACAAAAUGUUGGAAGGCUAUGGACCGGUGAUGCAAGCUUUUCUAGGCACCCUAUUUACUUGGGGCCUUACCGCCGCAGGAGCGGCACUUGUUCUUGUCAUUAGAGGAUCUCAGAGAAAACUUCUGGACGCAAGUCUGGGAUUCGCUGCUGGUGUUAUGACAGCGGCGUCUUUUUGGUCCCUGUUGGCUCCAGCCAUCGAGCAAGCCAGCGAAUCUAAGAUUUAUGGAGAAAAAGGAGAGUAUGCAUUCUUGCCCGUAGCCUUUGGGUUCCUCCUAGGGGCCUUCUUCGUGUAUGGUGCUGAUAAGUUAAUCACCGUGCUAGGCAUUCAUUCACCAAACAUGAUGUUAGCCUUACAUGCCACGAGUAAUCGUAAAGACAGUAGACGUAGUAGUGCUAGACGAGAUUCACAUGUGUCUUCGCCUGACAUGACUGCCAUAGAUGGGUUUAGCGACACCGGGCAUUCCGUUCAACGUAGAAGGGUAGGUAAAAUAACUGAUACAAUAACGACUCGUACUGAGGACCUAGUUCACAUGCAGAGUUACGACGAGACCUGCAACAUCGAGGAAAUCCAACACGGGCAAUGGAAACGGAUAAUCCUGCUGGUGGUCGCCAUCACGGUCCACAACAUCCCCGAAGGGCUAGCGGUAGGGGUUGGGUUCGGAGCCAUUGGGACAUCCGCCUCGGCUACGUUCGAGAGUGCCAGGAAUCUAGCCAUAGGUAUUGGCAUCCAAAAUUUUCCAGAGGGGCUUGCUGUUAGCCUGCCGUUGCAAGCCGCUGGCUUUUCGACAUGGAGAAGUUUGUGGUACGGACAGCUCAGUGGAAUGGUAGAACCGAUAUUCGGCGUGCUGGGGGCGGUGGCGGUGGGCCUGGCGGAACCGGCGCUGCCCUACGCCCUUGCGUUCGCCGCAGGGGCCAUGAUCUAUGUUGUGGUCGACGAUAUCAUACCGGAGGCAAAUACAAACGAUAACGGAAAACUGGCCACUUGGGGUGCCAUCUUGGGGUUCUUGGUGAUGAUGACACUGGACGUGGGUCUUGGGUAGUAUGAAAUGCUGUCCCUAGAUCAAUUUUCCCAGUCGAUAUUAUUUUACAAAUUUGAUUUCAUUAGGCGAAUUGUUAUUAUUUAACUUAGUUGAUAACGUGCAAUGAUUUUAUUUAAUUUAACUAAAAAAUAAUCCAUUAGUGGGCGUUCAUAUGAGGAGGCUACUUUGGUAAGGUUUUUUUAACGCUUUAUUAUACAUUAAGUAUAUUUUUCUUCGUUAUACAUAUCAUAUGUAGGCAUAAAAACGUUUAGCCGUACGUGUUCUACAGAAAAACAGUGAUAUCUUUUUAUUAAUUGACCAAAUCCAGUUUCCUUCUUUUCCUUCUGAUCUUGACUCAGUACAAACAAACUGUGCAUCGCACAAUAUAAAUUGGUUUUCUUAAACCUAAGAAUUUCAAAACACUGUUGAAACAAUACACAUGACUGGAAGGAUAUGAAUAGUCUUAAAAAGGCAAAAUUAUUUUUUUGCCAUAUAUUAUGGCGAUUUUACUAUUUACGAUUCAUAUCAAUUUGUACAUAAUUGUAGAUAUUGUGAUGGUUUUUCCUUCCAGUAGCAUAACUUUAUGAAUCUCCCACUAAUCAACGACCUAUUUGUAGGUGUCAACACUUAACCGCCUGCAAUUUGACCAGCUAAACGUUUUUAUUCGAAGGUCCUUUUUAGAAUAACAUAUGGACGACAUAAUUUUCUAAAUUUUUUUUAUUCUCUCGAAUUGUAUCCAUUACCGGUCUGUGCAAGAAAUAUGAAUACUUCUUGGGGUUAUUGCUUGGGGUGGGCCCAAGCUGCAAGCUGUAUGGAGGCCUCAAAAAAAUUGAUCUUUUUCUUUCUUUCUGUAAUUAACACACUUUCUAGCUUCGACCUUCGUAAAACUUCAGGUUUCGGGUGGUUAGCGUUGAUGCCUGUAACUAGCAUAGUAUUUAUUUUAAUAUAUGAACUUGCAGUUAAGUAGUUGUACUUAAGUGUUCCUAUUCACUUAAUUUUCGUGUCGCGUGGUUAAAUUUGGGUGCAAUCGUGGGUCCGUACUUAGGGUUCUACCGAUUUUUUUUUUUGUUGUACCGGUCGAGCCAAUUUUAUUAGCAACUACUGCUGUGAUAGUAACUGUAAUUGUAAAUUUACUUUUUUGAAGAAAACAAGCGAGUACCUCUGAAUAAAAUUUUUACCUAUU